CGCCGCCCUCGCCGGGCGCAGCCGCGGCGGAGCGGGGCCGCAGGGCCGGCGCCUGAGAAGGAACAAAGCGCUGACUAAAACUAACAGGCAAAAGAAGCAGAGCUGAAGAAAGAUUAUCUUUGCUUGCAGCCUGGUGAAAGCAGGGAGUAUCCUGGAUGAAAGAUAUGAAAGAAGUCAAGUGGAUGUACAUUGUAAAAUAUUUUACAAUGGCAAUGCUCUGGAAAUUCAUGAGAGUAGCUAAGUAUUCUAAAACAGCUUUAUCACCAAAAGUAAAGGUAAGAGGAAUUUCUACCCAUUCAAGGCAUUCUUCAUCCAAGUCUGCACCUUCAGAUUUUGCUGCCAGUGCACCCUGCUCAAAUACUGUGGAACUGUUUGGUAAAUCUUAUCCUCAAGAUGACUACAGCAAUGUCACUGAGAAGAUUCUUUCCAAGGUGGGGAAGAACUUGCACAACAGAAAACAUCACCCUUUGUGGCUAAUUAAGGAGCAGGUGAAGGAGCACUUCUACAAACAUUACCUAGGGCGCCGUGGGACUCCGCUCUUUUCUGUGUAUGACGGUCUUUCUCCGGUGGUUACAGUCCAGCAGAAUUUUGAUAGUUUGCUUAUUCCACAAAACCAUGCCAGCAGAAGGAAAGAGGAUAACUAUUAUUUGAAUCGUGAGCACAUGCUGAGAGCACAUACAUCAGCUCAUCAGUGGGACUUGAUACACUCUGGCCUGGACGCCUUUCUGGCAGUGGGAGACGUCUACCGCCGGGACACGAUUGACAGCACCCACUACCCGGUGUUCCAUCAGAUGGAGGGAGUGCGCCUCUUCUCCUGCCAUGAGUUGUUCUCCAGCAUUAAAGAUGGUGAAGGUUUGCAGCUGUUUGAGCAAGGCCACCGCACUGCACACAAGCAGGAGUGCCACACCAUGGAGGCCGUGAGGCUGGUGGAGUUCAACCUGAAGCAAGUGCUCACAAAGCUCAUGACUCACAUCUUUGGUGACGGACUGCAAGUCAGAUGGGUAGAUUGCUACUUCCCAUUUACUCACCCUUCCUUCGAGAUGGAGAUCAACUUCCAAGGAGAAUGGAUGGAGGUCCUGGGCUGCGGGGUCAUGGAGCAGCAGCUUGUUAACUCAGCUGGUGCUCAGGAUAAAAUUGGCUGGGCAUUUGGCUUGGGUUUGGAGAGGCUGGCCAUGAUCCUGUACGAUAUCCCUGACAUCCGACUGUUCUGGAGUGAAGAUGAACGCUUCUUGAAACAAUUUAUUGGGCCUCACAUUUGGCAAAAAAUAAAGUUCCAGCCACUCAGCAGAUACCCGCCUUUGAUCAAUGACAUCUCCUUUUGGCUGCCUUCUGAGACAUACUCUCAGAAUGAUUUCUAUGAUUUGGUUCGAACCAUUGGUGGAGACUUGAUAGAGAAGGUUGUCCUACUGGAUGAAUUUUCCCAUCCAAAGACGAAGAAGGUCAGCCACUGCUACCGCAUCGUUUACCGGCACCCGGAGCGGACGCUAACGCAGGACGAGGUGCAUCGCAUCCACCGAGCGAUUGAGGAGUCAGCAGUCCGGGAGCUGGGGGUGGAGGGCAGAUUCUAGAAAUGCUGCUCUGGGGCCCCAAGGACAGUUGCAUUUUCCUUUCUUUUUUCUUCUUUUUUUUGGGGGGGUGGUUUUAGGUCACAAGUAGAGAGAGGGGUUUUGUGACUGAACACAAAAAGCGAUUGAUAGAUGGGCAAUGGCAAAAGGGGCAGGUAAUAAACAUUACUACUGAGAAAUCA